AUGGAUUCGAAUAGUAACAAUAAUACCAAAUCCAUAAAGAGAAAAGUUGUAGACCAACUUGUCGAAGGCUAUGAAUUCGCUACUCAGCUUCAGCUUCUCCUCUCUCAUCAACACUCUAACCACCUCAUCGAUCAGACCCGUCUCGUUUCGGGGUCGGGUUCACCGGAUCCCGUUGAUGAGCUUCUUGCUAAGAUCUUGGGUUCUUUCCAUAAAACCAUAUCGGUUCUUGAUACUUUCGAUCCAGUUGCUGUCUCUGUCCCCAUCCCCGUCGAGGGUUCAUGGAAUGCUUCUUGCGGCGAUGAUUCGGCCGCUCCGGCGAGUUGCAACGGAGGAGAUUCCGGUGAUAGUAAAAAGAAGAGAUUAGGGGUUGGUAAGGGUAAAAGAGGAUGCUAUACUAGAAAGUAA